AUGUACUUCAAAGUUGUAAUCACGCUGAUCGCCAUGUGCGCAUAUGCAUCUGCGGCGCCGAAAUACGUGUCAUUGGGCAAUCUGGCCUUCCAGAGCAAUGUGAAAGUCACGACUUACACGACAAAUAUUCCGGAUACGUUGAUUGCCUUGAACAACACUGGAACUCCAAGGGCUCAUAGUCUGGACACAUUGUUGGCAUUGGCCAUUACACGACCAGGCAUCAUCGCAGCAUUGUCAGCUCCUAGUGUGACACUAUGGGCUCCCACAGACGUCGCCUUCAACAGCUUUGUCCACAUGAAUCCAGGUCUGAAUCUUAGUGGUGACGCUGUAACCGAAACACUUGCCUUCCACGCAGUCCCAAACUUUGUUUACAAGCCUGAUCCGGAUGUGCCAUUGACGAUUGUUCCAACCGCCCAAACUCCUUUGCAAAGCAUCAUCACCUAUGACGGAACAGCCGUAAAUGUGCAAUAUGCUGGCUUGUUUCAGGGCAAAGUUAUUGAGAGCUUGGUCUGCUCAAACGGCAUCAUUCAUGUCGUCAAGAAAGUCCUGGCUUUGCCAACUACAGUCAGUGCAACUGCUGCCCAAGUUCCAACGUUGAGUGAGCUGGUUGAUGCUCUUGACGCAACAAACUUGACUUCAACCAUCGACAAUCUCAACGCCGUCACAGUUUUUGCACCAAUCAACAGUGCUUUUGAUGCUAUCAGCGACGUAACGGCUACUCUAAACACCUCUCAAUUGGCGUCAGUUUUGGAGUAUCACGUCAUUCCAGCCACGGCGUUUUCUACCCAAUUGAAAGAUGGAGAGCAAUUCACCACCGUAUUGGGUCAAACUCUGACAGUGUCGUUGGCUGAUGGCAAAGUCACUAUAAUUGGUGCUGGAAGCAACGCCACCGUCGUCAUGGCCAACGUGCAAACUAGCAACGGUGUCGUUCAUGUCAUUGACACUGUGUUGAUUCCAAAGCUAUAA